CCAUCACAAAACCAAGAAAAAAAAACUCUCGUUGUUGUGGUCUCUUCUUCAAACCUCAAAAGAAAUGGAGUUAUUCACCAAUGGCAACACCGUUAAGUUGCGGAGCCAUCUUGAUAAGUUUUUAGUCGCCGAGAGCGACCAAAAACACAUCCGUCAAAGCCGUAAAGGAGGAUAUACACGGCUCUCCGUUUGGACGGUGGAGACCGUCGUCGGUAAACCGAACCUGAUCAGAUUAAAAAGCUGUCACGGCACGUACUUAACGGCGAGCAGUAUACCGUUACUGUUAGGUAUGGCCGGUGAGAAAGUGACUCAAACGCAGUCGUCUAACAACCCUAUGGAUAUGCAAACGCACUGGGAACCGGAGGGAAAUGGGGUGUCCGUGAAGCUGAAAUCUUGGUGCGGCAAAUGGAUGAGAGCUAACGGUGGAUCGCCGCCGUGGAGAAACUCCGUUACUCACGACGAGCCUCAUACGUCGAGGACCAAGAACUGGUUGCUUUGGGAUGUUAUUGCCGUUGAUGGUCUUGAUCUUGGAAACAUGUCUGAUGGAUGUGAGAGCUCUCUUUCUUCUCCGGUUUCCCCAAGUCUCUCCCGUUUGGGUUUCUGGUCAGCGCCCGGGUCGCCCGUUUCUGCGGUAAGGUCAAAGAAGAGUUUAGGUCGGCUCACUUCUUUUGGUUUACGUGCAAUGUCUCCGAGAUGGUCCCCAAAACUUAGCAUGACUAUGUUCAAGCAAAAAGAGAAGACGUGGAGCUUCAACGAAAACGAAGCGGUAUCAGCAAUGGAUAUUUUUCAGAAGGCAAAAGCUAUUCGAAUACGUAGCAGCCACAACAAGUUUCUAGCGGCGGCGGACGACGAAGAAACAGUGUUUCAGAAAAAAAAGGGAUCAACCAAAAACGCUCAGUGGACCGUCGAACCCGUUCGCCAUUCGGCUCAUGUCAUCCGUCUUAAAAGCUGUUACGGCAAAUACUUAACCGCUUUGAACGAGCGGUUCUUACUCGGAGCUAAAGGGAAGAGAGUGAUUCAGCUAAUGCCGAUUCAACUCGAUUCAUCUGUUGAGUGGGAGCCGGUGAGAGAAGGGUCUAAGAUCUUGCUCAGGACGAGAAACGGUAAGUACCUCAGAGCUAACAGUGGACCUCCUCCGUUGAGAAAAUCCGUCACGCAUAAUAAACGUCAUUCGGCUACUCAGGAGUCGUUCUCGUGGGAGGUUGAUAUCGUCGAGAUCUUGAAGAAUCCUCUAUUCACGGAGGAGGAGAUGGAGUUUACUCCGCCGCCACAUAGGAAGCCGUCGAAAUCCCCGUUGUCAGUUUCGCAUUCCAUGACUCCACCUUUCCUCUCAGACUUGCAUGAUACAUAUCCUGAUGAGUCUCCAUCAAAAUCGGAUGGUAUGGAGGCUACUCCAUCCUCAAAGAAGAUACCGCAGCAUAGGAAGCAGUCUUCGAAUCCGUUUUCUCAUUCAGAUUCAGAUUCUAAUGAGUCUCCAUCGAAACUGGAUGAACGAACCAUCAGUUAUCAUUUUAAUCAUCCACUCAAGGUGGAAAUGAAGUCUACUCCGUCUUCAAAGAAAACAUUACAUCCGCCACCGCAUAGGAAGCCCUCGAGUUCUCCUCAUUUGAACACUUCUUCUUUUUCAGACAUAUCAAAUUCAAAUUUUGAUGAGUCUCCAUCGAAAUUAGAUGAGCAAACCAUCGGUUAUGAUCAUAUUAAGCAACCAUUCAAGGCGGAGAUGAAGUCUACUCCGUCUUCGAAGAAGACGAUGCAUGUGUCACUGCAUAGGAAGCCAUUGAAUUCUCCUCAUUCGAAAACUCCAUCUUCUCUUUUUGACAAAUCAGAGUCAGAUUCUGAUGAGUCUCAAUCGAAAUCGGAUGAGCAAACUACUACCAAUUAUCAUUUUAAUCAUCCACUCAAGAAGGAAAUGAAGUCUACUCCGUCUUCAAAGAAAAUGAUGCAUCAGCUGCCUCGUUGGAAGCCGUCAAAUUCCCCUCACUCGAAGACCCCAGCUUCUCAUUCAGACAUAUCAAAUUCAAAUUCUGAUGAGUCUCCAUCGAAAUCGGAUGAGAUCGGUUAUUGUAAUAAUCAUCCAUUCAAGACGGAAAUAAAGUCUAUUUCAUCUUCGAAGAAAACGACGCAUUUGUCGCCGCAUAGGAAGCCGACGUCAAAUUCUCAUCAUUUGAAGACUUCGUCUUAUAUUUUCGAUAUAUCAGAUUCAGAUUGUGAUGAGUCUCAAUCGAAGUUGGACGUGCAAACUAUCAGUAAUCAUAAUAAGAAGCCUCCUAUGUUGUCCAAGAAGAAGCUGCAUCCGCCGCCACAUAGGAAUUUUUCAUUGCCAGUUUCACGUACUAGCACUCGGUAUUCUCUUUCAGACAUAUCAGAUACAGAUUAUGUUGAAUCUCCACUGCAACCGGAUGGACGAACAAUCUAUUAUCGUAUAGCUGAUGAAAGACACGUGGAAGACAAAUCCACUGGUGGAUAUAUUUUCUCGUUUAAAGGAACCACCGUGGUAGAGCUUACGCAAAUGCUACGAGAAGAAACAUGCUUGGAAGAUGUUGUGGUGUGCACUCGCAGUCCCUUAAAUGGCAAGUUGCUUCCCCUUCGUUUGCAACUUCCUCCUAACAACGAAACACUGCAUGUCGUUCUAGUACCCUCCAGUGGUAGCUUCUAGAGAGACGUGAGUAAUUCAAUUUUUACUUUAAGCUCUCAUAUGGAGUUACUGAAUCUUUGACUUGUUUGUUUGUUAAAUUCAUCAUUGUCAAAUGAGUGACUGGCCUUUUGUGUGGUGAAGUUUUUGGUGAAGCAUAUGAUAUGAGCCUUAUAAGAAGUUAAUAAGA